CUUCCGGGAGUGGUUUUAUCAUUAUAAGUAGUAGAACCUUGUUUUUUUGGAACGGAACGGAACCAGUUUCUUUUCAAUUAGGAACGGAACGAACCUUGUAGAUUCGCUGCACCUACUUCAACGAGAAAUUUAAAUAAUUUUUUAUUACUGGCUCAGCUAGCAGAACAGUCAUCAGCUUCCCAGUAUAUAUUAACGGAACGAAUAUAUUAGGAACGGAACGAACCUAGCAGGUACGGAACGAAAUACACUUAACUAAUAAUAAGUGUAGUGUAGUAUUUCGUUUUUACUGCACCGGAUGAGGCAGUGUGUAGCUCGGGCCGUAUUCUAACGGGCGUCUUAGUGCUUUCAAUCGUUUUACGGUGUCCGUUGAGCCAGUUUCUUGUCGCUUGGUGUACUUAUUCGGAGUGCCUUUCUGUGUAUGUGUGUUUAUAUUCAAUGCAAGAUGUCCUCCAGAACUAUUCUGCUACUAAGCGUGCUGUUGACGGGAUACCUCAGCUGGAGCUUAGCUCAACCGGGCUCUGUAUAUGAGCUGCUUUGCAGGUUUAGACAAGCAGUAGAAAACACAAACGAGUGUAAAUUUGGAUUUUUUACUAACAUCUGCAAGAAGCAAGAUUGCUACCGGGGUCCGGGAGAAGUGUGCGGUGACACUCUGGCCGCCUCCCUGCGCGACGGCCAGUGUGUUUCUGGGUUGGUAUGCUGCAACGGUAAAUGCAAUGGUUGUAUCAACGGCAUCUGUAACAGUGAACUGUGUCAGCCGUCUCCCAUUUCGUUGCGUUCCCAUCCUCAUACGAUGGAACGACGCAUGGACCCACUGUACACGGUCUUCGAUUACUACAAUGACGAGGAAUUCGAUUACAACAACAAUGUGUAAUCCUCGAUGUGGAAGGAUGAUUGUCUUCGCUCAUCGUAUGUUUUGCAUCCCGCCCGCAUAAUAUCAUAAGAAAGAAAACUAAUUGCUUGUCACAGCUAAAAGAGUUUGCACUCCAAACGGUGUACUCAAUACCGUUCCAGCAGUGUGCUUUUGCUAAUAUGGAAUAGAAAAUUAGCCUACAAUAAAGUUACAUCUACAGCCCAGUGAA